GCCAUAAUCGGCGAGAGUCUAGUUGGAGCACGGUUUCCCGCAUAGCAUAGCACCUGAGAGAGAGAGAGAGAGAGAGAGAGAGAGAGCUGAACGAAAGUGAAGAGAAACAAGACGAUGUGCACUCACUGAACUGUGAAGUGAAUCGAACCCGGUAAAUGUGGCAAAAAUGAACCAACACCACCAUUUACAAGAUCUGGAACCCCAGCCCGACCUCAUCUCCGACCACUUCCUACCCCAACCCCACACCAACCAUCCUCAACAGCAGCAGCGCCGCCCCCGCGGCUUCGCCGCCACGGCGGCGUCAAUGUCUUCCUCUGUCUCCGCCGCCUCUCCCGGCGGAGGCUCCAAGGGAAAGAAGGAGAGGGAGAAGGAGAAGGAGCGCACCAAGCUGCGCGAGCGCCACCGCCGCGCCAUCACCAGCCGCAUGCUUGCCGGCCUCCGCCAGUACGGCAACUUCCCCCUCCCUGCACGCGCCGACAUGAACGACGUCCUCGCGGCCCUCGCUCGAGAGGCCGGUUGGACUGUCGAGCUCGAUGGCUCCACCUAUCGCUCCUCUCCUCCUCCUUCCCAAUUGGGGGUGUUUCCUGUUAGGUCAGUUGGAAGCCCACUAUCUGCUGGUUCUUUGAAGAAUUGCUCUGUGAAAGCUUCAUUAGAUGGUCAGCCAUCCGUUCUCCGAAUUGACGAGAGUUUAUCACCAGUAUCAUUCGACUCUGUUGUGGUUGCAGAGAGGGAUACAAAGAGCGAAAAAUAUACUAGUGCAAGCCCCAUGAACUCACCUGCAUGUUUGGGGGCUGAUCAGCUUAUGCACGAAGUUGGAUCGAGGGUGCACGGAGCUGAUUUUACAGGAACUCCCUAUGUCCCUGUUUACACGAUGCUUGCUACUGGUGUAAUCACCAAUUUCUGCCAGUUGCUUGAUCCUGAAGGUGUCAGACAGGAGUUGAGGCUUCUGAAGUCAUUACAUGUGGAUGGUGUUGUUGUAGAUUGUUGGUGGGGUAUUGUUGAAGCAUGGACCCCACAGAAGUAUGAAUGGUCCGGAUAUAGGGAACUGUUUACCAUCAUCCGAGAGUUCCAACUAAAAUUGCAGGUUGUAAUGGCAUUCCAUGAGUUUGGAGGAAAUGAUUCUGGUGGUGUACUGAUCUCCCUCCCCCAGUGGGUUUUGGAGAUUGGGAAAGAGAAUCCAGACAUAUUCUUCACUGACCGAGAAGGAAGGAGAAACACUGAAUGCCUAUCCUGGGGCAUUGAUAAAGAACGAGUGCUGAAAGGAAGAACCGGUAUAGAGGUUUAUUUUGAUUUCAUGAGAAGCUUUCGGACAGAGUUUGAUGACUUUUUCAUGGAUGGUCUCAUCUCUGCGGUGGAAAUUGGUUUGGGAGCUUCUGGGGAGCUGAAGUAUCCUUCUUUCUCUGAAAGGAUGGGAUGGAGAUACCCUGGGAUUGGUGAGUUUCAGUGUUACGACAAAUACUUGCAACAAAAUCUACGAAAAGCUGCAAAAGUGCGUGGUCACUCAAUCUGGGCCAAGGGACCUGAUAAUGCUGGUCAAUACAUUUCUAGGCCACAUGAAACGGGCUUCUUCUGUGAUCGAGGUGAUUAUGAUAGCUACUAUGGGCGCUUUUUCCUCCACUGGUAUGCUCAGUCUUUAAUAGAUCAUGCCGAUAAUGUCCUAUCUCUUGCAAGUCUUGCAUUUGACGACACAAGGAUGGUUGUGAAGAUUAUACUUGUUAUACAGAUUCCUGCCAUCUGUUGGUGGUACAAAACUACAAGCCAUGCAGCAGAGCUGACAGCUGGAUACUGUAACUCUUCUAACCAGGAUGGAUAUUCUCCAGUUUUUGAGGUUCUUAAGAAACACUCGGUGACGAUGAAGUUUGUCUGGUCAGGGCUGCAGGUUCCUUGUCAGGAAGUUGAUGAAGCAUUGGCUGAUCCAGAAGGUUUGAAUUGGCAGGUUUUAAAUUCGGCCUGGGAUCGAGGAUUGACCGUAGCUGGUCAGAAUGUAGUUCCAUGUUAUGAUAGAGAAGGGUUCAUGAGAAUAGUUGAGACUUCGAAGCCAAGAAAUGAUCCCGAUCAUCACUGCUUCUUGUUCUUUGUGUAUCGACAGCCAUCACCUUUUGUUCAAGGAACGAUAUGCUUCCCUGAAUUGGAUUACUUUAUUAAAAGCAUGCAUGGAGAUAUUGCAGGUGAACUAGAACCUUGAUUUGCACUCGGAUUGGUUUUCAAGGGAACAGAUCCAGUCCAGUACCCUAUCGUCCAGUCCGGUCCGGUUUUGGGCCCUUCCCGAGCCCUAAACAAUGAUCGGAAUUGUUCACUUUUUUAGAGCUUGCCGAGAAUAUUAACGUCAUUUAAAAUCAUGUCGAUCUGAUACAAUUUGAUAUGAUUUCAAAAUGCAUUAAGUUUGUAAAAAAACAAGUGUGUAAACACUGGAUUACAACCCAUGCCACACAAUUAUAUGAAAGCUUAAUGUAUUUCAAAAUCAUAUCAAAUGAUAUUGGAUCAACAUGAUUUUCGACGUGGUUAAUGCUCUCCGCGAGCUCUAAAAAGUGAACGGAUCCGUUCAUUGUUUUGGACCCGGGAAGGACCCACAAAUGGCUCAAAACUGGACCGGACUGGAUGAUAGGGAACUGAUUGCAUCUGCUCCCGGUUUUCAAAGUUACUUUCAGUGAAGAGAACGAGUGACAUGGUUGGGAUUGAGGUGCUGAAUUUGCUAAGCUAUCCUUGAACUUUAGAAGCCAAGGAUUGCUGGUUUUCCUUGUUGAUAGUUGAUUCAUAAUUGCAGUUUGAACAAAAUCAUAUAGGUUUUCCAAAUGUCAAGGAAAUUUUUUUUUUUUUGAGGACAUGCAAGAAGUGUUAGUUGUUAGUGAGAUUUGACCAUUGGUCUUGUGCAUGGGGGUAUAUGUCAUAUGGUGCCUUCCAACUUGGCUAUUUCAUUUGUGUUGGGAGAAUAAAGAACCUAGUUAUGUCAUGGUGAAAACGGCAGAGGCGAAAGCUUGAAGCCGGGUCAUAUUUUUGGAAAAGGCUUGCCCUUACCGCUCGGCUUGGCAUUGGCUUCUGUUUCUUGAGGUCAGCUGUAUGACUAUCUAUUGUGGGACUGGGAUUGAUGUGGGAUGACUAUUCCACAUGGUUAAGGCCUGCUCAAAUGUAGUUUCUAGAAUUUCAAUGAGCUAGUUCAAAUUUAGCCGGUUAAUUUUAUUUUUUUUG